AUGGCACCAGAAAUAUCCACCGGCAGCGAUGCUGUCGCCUCCGCCUCAUCUUCCUCACCUGUCGACUUCAAAGUCAAGGCUGGUCUGGCCCAGAUGUUGAAAGGGGGGGUCAUCAUGGACGUCGUCAAUGCGGAACAGGCCCGCAUUGCCGAGGAAGCAGGUGCAUGCGCCGUCAUGGCCCUCGAGCGGGUGCCCGCAGAUAUCCGUGCUGAAGGCGGAGUGUCGCGCAUGUCCGACCCAUCGAUGAUAAAGGAGAUCAUGGAAGCCGUGACGAUACCCGUCAUGGCUAAGGCGCGGAUAGGGCAUUUCGUCGAGUGUCAGAUCCUCGAAGCUGUCGGCGUCGACUACAUCGACGAGUCCGAAGUCCUCACCCCAGCCGACCACCUCUACCACGUCACCAAGCACAACUUCAGAGUGCCCUUCGUCUGUGGCUGCCGGAACCUGGGCGAAGCCCUCCGCCGCAUCUCCGAAGGCGCUGCGAUGAUCCGUACAAAGGGCGAGGCAGGCACAGGCGACGUCGUCGAAGCCGUCUCCCACAUGCGCACCGUGAACAGUCAGAUCGCCAAGGCGCGCUCCAUCCUCCUCUCCUACCCCAACGGCAGUGUUGAGGCGGAAGCGGAGCUGCGUGCCUUCGCGCGCGAGCUGGAGUGUCCCUACGAGCUGCUGCUGGAGACGGCGGAGAAGGGUCGGUUGCCUGUUGUGAACUUUGCGGCGGGAGGCGUUGCGACGCCCGCGGACGCGGCGCUGAUGAUGCAGUUGGGCUGUGACGGCGUGUUUGUCGGGUCAGGGAUUUUCAAAUCUGGCGAUCCGCGGAAGCGGGCUAAAGCCAUUGUCCAGGCUGUGACGCACUUUAAGGAUGCGAAGGCGCUGGCGGAGUUGAGCCAAGGGCUGGGUGAGGCGAUGGUGGGCAUUAGCGUGCGGGAGAUGAGAGACACGGAGAAGUUGGCGACAAGAGGAUGGUAA